AUGGCUUCCACAAAAUCCGACGAUGAUUUUCGUAUCAUUAUUGUUGGUGGCGGCAUAGCAGGACUUGCUACUGCUAUUGCACUACGUGCUCCCAGGCGCCAGAUCACAGUUUUGGAACGCUCUCGCAUGCUUCGAGAGACAGGUGCAUUGAUCUCGCUCCAGCCGAACGCGUCAAAAAUUGUAACGAAAUGGGGACUUGAUCCGAUUCUACAACGGGUAGCAGAACCCCAAGCGGACAGGGCUUUUCGCAUGUUCAAUACGGAAGGCACGCUGGUCCGGGAGAUCCCUUUGAGCAGAAGCAUGUUUGGCGCUGAUCGGAUGAUGUACCACCGGCAAGAUCUGCACGCAGCGUUAAGAGAGGCGGCGACGACGACAAAAGAUGGUAUGGAGGGCAAGCCAGAGGCCGUGAUUAGAACCGCGGCAGAAGUCGUGGAUUGUGAUCCGGCCGAGGGAUCAGUGUCUCUGAAAGAUGGUGAAGUGCUCAGGGCCGACCUCAUUAUUGGAGCCGAUGGAAUCAAGUCUGUAAUCAGGGACGUCGUUGUUGGUGAGAACAGGACGGCUCAGCCUACUGGGCUCUCGGCGUAUCGAAUGCUCAUACCAGCCGCUAAACUCCCUUCUGGACAGAUACCGGAGGGAAUCCUACGAAUGCAAGAUCCAGCUGCAACAACAAUGAUCGUUGGGAAAGAUAAGCGAGUCAUCAUGGGGCCCGGGAGAGCUGGGAACCUGCUCGGUAUCGUGGCCUUGGUCCCAGAUGCAACCGCUGAAGACCCGUCAGACGAUUCGUGGACGCGACCAGGCUCCAAGCAAGAGCUUUUGGCUGCGUUCGCUGAUUUUCCGCCAUGGCUUCGUGCCAUAUUCGGCCAAGCAGGGGAUGAUGAGAUCGGUCUAUGGCAGCUCCGCGACGUUGACCCUUUGCCGCGGUGGACCAAAGGCCGGGUGGUAGUCAUCGGUGAUGCAGCACACGCGAUGCUUCCCACUCAGGGCCAGGGUGCUAGCCAGGCAAUCGAAGACGCAGAGGCCCUCCAAGCCUUCUUCUCUAUUCUCGAAGAGGGACCACUGUCCAAGGAUCAGGUUGAAGAGACUUUGGGAAAGGUGUUCAAGGCGAGGUAUGACAGGGCAAGUUUGAUUCAGGCUUAUAGUAGGGAGCAGGCCAAGCCGGGAACGGCGGGAAAAGCAGUAACGCUGGAUCCGGGAGAGUUUAUGAGGUUCAACUGCGAAUACAAAGGAGCGAUUGAUUGGUUGAAGAAACAGUCGGCGGCAACUCAAGGGGCAUCAGAUUCAAAGGAGCCGAAUUUGGUGGGCGAAAUGGACAAGCUUCAUCUUGUUGACCCAUGUUAG